UUCAUCCGUCUGUUUUAUGGAACUCGCGUGUGCGCGCGACUAUGGGAGCGCGCACGAGACAACAGUGGCACGGUUGCGGAGGGGUGUCGCCCCGCACUGAAGUGUUUUUACUAUUGAAACGAUGAAAUUGUAAAUAGGAUUAACUGUAGACCUAACGUCAGUGUAUUGACUUGAAAAAACAAGGACGACCACACCUAUCACUGGAUAUCCUCGCCUGACACAAAGAAUAAGCUACUCCGUAUAAAAGUUUCAGAUGUGUUUGUAUUGGUCCAGGUCUGGAGAGAAUGCUUCGAAAACUUUGACCUCUGGCCUCUAAGGAAGGGAUGGCUGAUCGCAGCGACCUCGCAGUCGCCCCAGGUCAGCCGUACAUUGAGGUGGAGUACGACUAUGAGUACAAGUUUAAAGACCGUAUGAUUACAGUCAAGCAAGGUGAAUGUUACUUGCUGGUAAAAAAGACCAAUGAAGACUGGUGGCAGGUCCGUAAGGAGGAGGGCAGUAAGCCUUUUUACGUACCUGCCCAGUAUGUCCGGGAAGUGCGGCGAGCCCUCAUGCCACCCACCAAACCUCUCCCGCACACUGGAGGUGGGGUCGGGGCAAGAGGAGGAUCUGAGAAAAAAGGUCUAACUGCCCUAGAACUCAAACAGUCUGAUGAGAGUUUGAACAAGCAAAGUCUUGCUCAGUCACCCUAUUUUGGAUAUCCAGCAGCACCCAACGAGGACAAAAUCAGUCCAAAAAACCAGACAGGGCAGGGGCAGUCCCCCCUAAGGCUCCGAGCACCACUGGAUUUGGAUGGAGAGACUGAUAGGGAGGGAGAGAGGGAGAAGAGGAGAGAAGAAGCAACAGCAGGUGAUGGAGAGAGGGAGAGGAAGAGAGAAGGAGGAGGUGAUAGGAAGAAAGAAGAAGCAUGGACAGGGGACAGAGAAAGGAAAAGAGAUGGAGGCUGUGAUAGAGAUACAGAGAGGGAGAGGAAGAGAGAAGGAGAGAUAGGAGAGGAUCAAUCAAGGGGACGAAAAAGUGAAGAAAGAUGUGAUCGAGAUGGAGAGAAAGGAGGGGAUGGACUGAAAGAGAAGAGGAAAGAAGGAGAGAGAGCAUUUGAGGGAGAAAAGGAGAGAAAGGGAGAAGGAUGGCGACGCAAGACUGCUGCACCUGAAGAAUCUCCCAGGGAGGCAACAGAGAAAAAUCGGAGUGAUUUGGAAUCUGGGGAUGAGCUCAGCAGCAGUUCGACCGAGCAGCUCCAGGGAAGGCCUGACUCACCUGUCUACACUAACCUGCAGGAUUUAAAGAUCUCUCAGUCGUCUCUGCCUCCACUGCCAUCAUCUUCCCCACUUACUACACACGCAGACUGGGAGACUUACAAAGAUGCAAAUGAUAGGCACUUCUACUACAACCGCACCACGCAGGAGCAUACAUGGAAACCCCCACGAUUACGAGACAGCCUUGGGAAGAGGGAGGAGAAACAUGUCACUGCCACCACAGACACUGAGGGGAGUGGAAAUAUGGCCAAAACAUGCAGUUUGGACCGAAGACAGCCACCUCCCAUAGUAACGAAAUGGAGGCAUAGUACAUGCAUAUUGGAGACUAACAAUAAGGAGCCUUCAAAAGCUGGCACCCCAGAUUCAGAAUUGUUGGACCUUUCGUCCCCCAAACGUCCUCAUUCCCCCUGUGAAAAAUCUGGACCCCUAAAUGUAACCAAGAUCACUGAAAAUGGCAAGAAAGUCCGGAAGAACUGGACUUUAUCUUGGACAGUUUUGCAAGGCUCUCAAUUGAUAUUUGCCAAAAGUCAGGCUGUAGCCACCAGUUGGUUUGGGAGCCACCAGUCAAAGCCAGAAUUCAGUGUAGAUCUAAAGGGAGCAACUGUAGAGAAGGCAUCCAAAGACAAAUCCAGCAAGAAACAUGUUUUAGAGGUGAAGACACAACGUGGUACAGAGCUCCUUAUUCAAUCAGAUAGCGAGAGCAUCAUUAAUGAGUGGUUUAAAGCCCUAACUGAAGCAAUAAAUACACAUGCCUGGGAGUCUGAUGAGGCUAUUGAAGAAGACAUGCCAGAAUCUCCAGGUCUAGAGAAACAUGAGAAAGAGAACCAAGACCAACAGAAGAAGGCCAAAACAAGGCUGAGGAAAUUUCUCACUCGUAGACCCUCUCUACAGGCUGUUAAAGACAAGGGUUACAUCAGAGAUCUGGUGUUUGGCUGUAAUCUGAUCAGUCUCUGUCAGAGGGAGAAAACUACUGUACCUCACUUUGUCAAGAUGUGUAUCAACUACAUAGAGAAUCAAGGCCUGAGUUUAGAUGGUCUCUAUAGAGUGAGUGGGAAUCUGGCAGUCAUACAGAAGUUGAGAUUUGCUGUUAAUCAUGAUGAGAAGAUAAAUUUGGCAGAUAUUAAAUGGGAGGACAUUCAUGUGGCUACCGGAGCACUGAAGAUGUUUUUCCGAGAGCUACCAGAGCCACUCUUCACUUACGCCUACUUCAAUGACUUUUUCAAUGCCAUCAAAAUCACAGACUAUAAACAAAAAGUGCAAGCCAUCAAAGAUCUAGUGAAGCAGCUGCCUCAACCCAACCAAGAUACAAUGCAGGAGCUUUUUAAACACCUGAGAAAAGUAAUAGAGCAUGGCGAGGAGAAUAGGAUGACCGCCCAGAGUGUUGCAAUUGUGUUUGGCCCAACUCUGUUACGACCUGAGAUUGAGAACAUACACAUGGCGGUGCAUAUGGUUUACCAAAACCAAAUUGUUGAGCUUAUUCUACAUGAGUAUGAGGCCAUAUUCGGUAUGUAACCUGUGAUGAAUCUUUCACCAUCUGAAGAGAUGUAAGGAUAUCCAUUCAUUGAAAACACUGAAAAAUUGAAAAUGUAUUAACAUGCAUAAACGUGUAGGAUCCAUUUGUAAAGUAAGCCCAACCAGAUCUUUAAUUAUUCUUUUUUUCCCUUUACUUGGACAAAUUUGCUUUCAUGGAGUGUUUUUCUUUAUUAGUGAUUUCUUUUUGGAUAGUAGCUCUUAUUGGACUAUAUCUUAUACACUUGGAUCAUCCACAUACCAUAACUUGAACAACAAGGUUUUGCUGGGCACCAUGGGUUGAUGGCACCAAUUUGAUGGCCAGUCUUUUUUUGUGUGCUGAACUCUGAAUCUUGGAGUGCUUGAAGCUGAAAUGGGGCAAUGACUUCUACUACUGUUCUGUGAUUCACUUAAUUUUGCUGUGUUAUAGGCUGCCUUAUAGAACAGGAAGCCCAAUGCAGAGGUGCCAACAUUGCUAACAAGAAAAUCCUCGCAGACAGUGCAAAACCAGAUUUUUAUCACAAAAAUUCAAGCGUUUGUCAGUGAAUGGGGCAGCUUCUUGCUAACAUCCUAAAUGCUAAAACAUAUAUUGGUUGAACUUUUUUUAUAUUUAUCUACAAUCUGCAGCAAUAUUUGAAUUUAUAAAAGACUAGCUGAGUCUAUAUACAUACUUGUUAAAAUUGUUAGCAAAUUGAGUGCAUGUCUGUGUCCAUAUUAUACGGAACAUAAUGAAUGGCUACAGCUGUAGUGAGUGUUAUUUACUGUUGAAAAAUGUAGAUAUUAUACACUUAGAUAUUUGUAGAUUUGAGUAUAAAAAUUGGUUUUGACACCUUUAUUACUAACAUGAAAUGAAAAUAUCAAACAAAUCAAAAGCAUUUGGUUUCAUACUGGAAAAAAUUUUUUUUAAUGGUGACCCAAAACAAUCACCCUGCACUUUUAUAAUUGAACAUAUAAUUAAACAGCCUGUCUGUUGAUGCAGGAAUGCAAAACAUGCUUAUUGUUUUCUUUGGUGCAAAGAAAAAUAAGCACUACCAAAAGCAAAUGCACGUCUUUCACGUUCCAAGUCCUUUCCUCUUCAGUGUUUUGGCUUUUGGUCAGACCACUGCUUUAGCUGAGAUAGCAGAAAAGUCUAGUUUUCAGGUGCCUCCUGUUCGCCAUAGUAAGGGGUCAAAAAUCAUAAAUGCUAUGGCUAAGCCAUAUAUGUUGGCACCUCUGCAAUGACCAAUAGCCUUCAGUAGCAGAAUUUAUCUUAGGAUUAAGCAUUGAUCUCAUUCGCAAUUUCUGCUGUUCUCUGCAAUGUUCACACUUUUAAAUAGGUGGGAUAUGACCACUGCUAAGCGUGUAUGUGUAUGUAUAUCUUUAUUUGUGUUUUUGCACCUAUUCACUGGAACAGUAUCCUGCUCAUUCCUGUAAAAUGCUGAAAUGCAGCCUUGGUGCUGAUAUCAAAGAGAUGUUCAUCCUCAGGAUGGGAAAACACUAUACAGUUAACAGAAUAAAAUGGGCGGAAUAUUAAGCCUGUAUCUUUUUGCGACUGGUGGUACUUGAAAAAUUUAAGUGUGUUAAACAGCCUGAUGGUGUUGAGUAAAAAUGUCUUAAUGUUUUAAAAAUGUUAAAACCUUAAAAUCCUUUUAAGAAGCUGCAAAGGAAUGUUGGCUGUAUAUGGUUACAUGUUCUGAAUUAGAAUAAAGUUAAUAAGGCAAGGGGUUAGUAUUUUUAAUGGCAUUAAGAGAGCAUAACUUUCUUCUUCUGCAUCUCUUCAUCCACAUUAAAUAACCCUAAAAAUGGAAAUGGACUUGUGGUAAAAUAUUGUGUAAUGUCAUUUUGGAACUGGAAUAAAGUUGACAAGGCAAGGGGUUUGAAUUUCUGUUUAAGAGAUUAUAAUAAAAAUGUAAUUAUCUGUAUUAGAAAUUAUUCUUUUUUUAAUCUAGAAGGCUUGUCCUUUCUUUUACCACAGCAAAGCAUUGAUCUGAACUUUAGCACCAGUAGUAUGCGCCGGAGAGAGGUUGAUUUACAAACAACAGCUUUAGCUUGGGCUUUAAUUGUAAAAGAUGCUUAUCCUGCCUGUGCUUUCAGCAUUAAAGCUGAGAAAAGACUUUUUUUUUUGACUGAUUAUUUUACGGUUUAUGUGUAUCACUUCCCACAUACGCACACACAAAAAAAAAAAACUGAGAUGAAAUGUGCAUGCAUGCUCUUGACCUGAGAAUCCAGUGGUAAAAGUAAUGAAAUCAACAGAAUACUUAAAAACUACACUUUACAUAAAAUUCACCAGUCAUGAAAGCAGAACACUUAAAUGUGGAAUGUGGAGAUUAAAAGUAGGGCUGGAUGAUCUAUCAA